AUGGCAAGAAGAAAACCAUUAUUUGAAGAAGACAAAGAUUAUAUAAAUGAAGAUCAUAUAAGUGAUUUUGCUAAAGCAUUGAUAUGGCAAGAUUAUGAUACUGAUAUAAAUACAACUCCUCCUACACCAAAAAAUGAACCUAUAGAUUUAAAUGAUGAUGAUGAUAUAAGUUCUACAUCAUCACUGAGAACUGAAGAAAUUGAUCAAGAUGAAAGUUAUAUGUCUGAUAGUAAUUAUAAUACUAGGAAAUUAUUAAAUGAAGGUGCUGAAUUAGGUAUAACACCAACUACAAAACCUGAUAUGAUUACUUCAAAAAGUGAUUGGUUUCCUAUAAAUAAUGAAAAUAUUAAAAAGAAGACAAAAUCAAAUGUUAAAAAUAAAAAUAAACAAACUCAUAAACCUUCAACUUUUAAAAUACUACAAAAUGAAUUUAGAAAUAGUGCAAGUUAUACACUACUACGAUGGCCAAUAUUAAUAUUUGUAUUUAUUUGGAUUGCAAUAUUGGGAUUUUUAUAUUUUAUUGUAAGAGUUUAUGUUGCAUUAAGUGAAUAUUUUUUUACAUGGACUGGAGAAAGAAAGAAAUUAAGAGAUAAAUUAAGAAAUUCUACAAGUUAUGAAGAAUGGAUUAAAAAUGCUAAAGAAUUAGAUAAAUAUUUACAUUUAGAUAAAUGGUCAGAGAAUCCAAAAUUUUCAUAUUAUGACUAUAAGACUGUGAGGCUAACAUUAAUCAAAUUAAAAAAGGCAAGAACAGAAAAUAAAAUAUCAGAAUUAUUAAUACUUUUACAAGGUUGUUUAAAAAGAAAUUUCGCAGGUAUUGAAAAUCGUCAAUUAUAUUCUCAUAGAUAUUAUGGUACAAAAAAUUUAGUUCAAGAAUAUAAUGAAGAAGUUGUCCUUUGUAUUGAUAAAAUCUUAAAUACUAAUGAUUUAAAUAUUGAAGUUAAAUGGAAAUUUUUUAAAAUUGUUUCUAAAAAUUAUGGUAAAUCAGCACUUUGUUUAAGUGGUGGAGCAUGUUUUGCAUAUACUCAUUUUGGAGUUGCUAAAGCCUUAUUAGAUAAUGAUUUAUUACCAAAUAUUGUAUCUGGAACUUCAGGUGGUGGAUUAAUUGCAGCUUUAGUAUGUACAAGAACAAAUGAAGAAUUACAUAAAUUAUUAGUUCCUGAAUUAGCAAGAAAGAUUACUGCAUGCGAAGACCCUUGGUAUGUAUGGAUCCCUAGAUUUAUUAAGACUGGUGCAAGAUUUGAUGCUGUUGCAUGGGCAAGAAAAUCAAAUUUUUUUACAAGAGGAUCAACUACUUUUGAAGAAGCUUUUGAAAGAACUGGUAGAAAAUUAAAUAUAAGUACUGUACCAGCAGAUCCUCAUUCACCAGUUAUAUUAUGUAAUGAUAUUACUUCACCACAUUGUAUCAUUUGGUCAACUUUAUUAGCAUCUUCAGCAGUUCCAGGUAUAUUAAAUCCAGUAGUAUUAAUGAUGAAAAAUCCUGAAACUGGUCAACUGGUUCCUUUUUCAUUAGGUAGUAAAUGGAGAGAUGGAUCAUUAAGAACAGAUAUACCAAUUGAUGCAUUAAAUACUUAUUAUCAUGUCAAUUUCACUAUUGUAUCACAAGUCAAUCCUCAUAUUUCAUUAUUCUUUUUUGCACCAAAGGGAACAGUUGGAAGACCAGUAUCCAUGUCUAAACGUAAAACCACACGAGAAAAAUUUGCAUCAUUUAGAGGUGGAUUUAUAGCAACUGCAUUAGAACAAUUAUUUAGAUUAGAAAUUAAAAAAUGGUUACAAAUUGUAAAAUCAUUAGAUCUUUUACCUAAUGUUUUACAACAAGAUUGGUCUAAUAUAUGGUUACAAAAUUUUACAGGAUCUAUAACCAUUUGGCCAAGAAAUAAAUUAAAAGAUUUUUGGUAUAUCUUAUCUGAUCCAUCUGAAAAACAAUUAGAAGAAAUUAUAUUAAAAGGUGAAAGAUCAAUGUAUCCUAAAUUAUUAUUUAUUAAAAAUAGAAUUUCAAUUGAAAGAUCAAUAGCAAAAGGAAGACAAAUCACUACCAACAAAAUGAAAGAAGGUAAAAUGAAUGUAGCCCUCGGAUCAGAUGAUGAAGAUGAAAACUAUGAACCAAGUGAUUAUGAUUUCACAAAAUUUAAAAAAUCUAUCGGAUUAACUUCAAAAGAAUUAGAAGAUCAAUAUAUAGCUUCUUUAGAUGAAGCUGAUGAUGAUGAACUAGAUGAUUUUUAUGGUGAUGAUGAAGAUGGAUUAGAAAGUGAUAUUUAUGAUUCUGAUGUUGCUUAUAAUAAUGGUAAUUCUCCAAGAAAUUCAAGGGAAAAAUUGAAACUUAGACGAAAUACAAUUUUUUAA